AUGGCGGCGCUGCGGGUCGUGGUUCUAUCGGGGAGCAGCAGGACUUUCCUGAACGCACCAAAAACUAUCCGGACACCGACGGUAGGUUGAUGGCGGAUUCUUCUAUUUAGCACUAGAUCAGUAUUGGAAGAUUGCAUCUGGUCUUUUUAACAUUAAACUCGGAACUAAUGUCAGUCUGGUCUCUGUGGGGUUAGGCAAGGUCACUGAGUCUCCCUCUAAUUUAUACUGUAGUUUAACAUGCCUAUGUGUUUCCUCUGACAGUAUGUCAUCUUUCUCUGACUGUUUGGACUAAUUUGGUGUCAGUUCCUGUGAUAUUUGCCUCACAGUUUGCUGUGAAGUUAGCCGGUCAGCUAACUCGCGGUGCCGGGUGUACCCCUCUACUAACGGACCGUUUACGGUGGUCCUGCCUGAGAAUCUGGUCUGAAUCAAGAGAUCAGAACCACAGAUGUAAAGGUGUAUAAUAGUGGGGAUUGUUUAUCUAUCUCCUCUGAUGUGAUCCAUGUUUUCUGACGGACGUUUUCAUGUUAAAGUUGUAGAGAUAUUAGCAUGCUAACGAGUUAGCAUCUCAAGGACUGUAAGGACUUCCGGUGACUGCAUAAGCUGGCUAUCGCGUCACCAGGUGUUUAUUUCCGACAGGUCAUUUUCAUCAUUAAAAGGUUAGUUUAGUUUAAGGGUUAGUUUAGGUGAUCUACCGUCCUCGUUUCUGUUACAUCUGCUGGUUUAUUAAGGUAUUUAUAUAUUUUAAUAAUAUAGUUAUUAAUAUAGUUAUAUUCAGCACACUACAGUUCAGUCAUGUAUCAAUAGAUGUCACUGGGCGUUAUCUCUGAGUGCAGGACAUUGAUGGUUGCGUGUGUGUGGGUGAGAGAGCGUAGGUGCGGGGAUGCUGUCAUGUGAUGCCUCUUACAGAACCACCGGUGGAGGUCAGUUUCAUAAGAACCAGUGGAACAACUACAAACAAGGGCGCCGGAUCAAACAGAAUUUGAAGAAACAUCCAAUAUAAUAAAAUAUUUUGACGUUAUUAUUUUUUAUGGUGAUGUACUAAAACCAUGAUAGCCCUUAACAGACUUCGUGCCAACUUGAUCCAGAGUUAGGUGUCAAAUAACGUUAUGAAUAAUAAAGUUGUAUCUUAUCUAAUCCAAUUUGAGUUUUAUCGAAUACUAUUCCAGUUGUCAUCAAAUCUCAGAUCUGAGUCUGUUAAUUUAGAAAAGAACAAUGAAGAUGAUCCUGCCUUUAUUGGGACACUGAAGCUAUGAAAAGUGAACCGCCAGCAGUUUGUCUUCCAUUGAUAAUUACAGAAAUCUCUCGAUAUGGCUCAGUCAACACAAAAAGAACAAAGAAAAUUAAUAAACACAGCAGAGUCCUUUGAGUGAGUGUAAUAACUCUGCUCUAAAGUUGUCAAAUUUUCAAGUUUUUCCUUUUUUGACUAUUUGCUAUAAAACAGUGUGAUACCUUGAUAUGUUUGUGUUUAAAAAGCACCUAAGUUGGUGAGAAAACAGUUACAUUAAGAUUUUAAACAAGAAGCUUCUGCUGGUGAAUAAAUAGUAUAAUUUCACAGUAUUCAAGCAGGGUCAUAAUUCUGAUGAAAUAUGUGAUAAAUUUGAGAUAACUGCAUGUUUCAGCCACCAGCUAUGGAUUUGCAGCUGAUUUUGACUGAUGACACAGUUUUAAGAAUAUCUUUGAUUUUUAAAUCAUCUGUGUGAUGUCCCAGUAUGCAUGUUUAUUCAGUUAAACAUUGAAGUCAACAUAUAGGGAGAUCAGGGGAUUGCAGACUCUCUUUUCAUGGUGGUGAGAAUCUUUUUAGCAGAAUGAUCAGAGCGUCUCCUCUGUAGAUAACUGCUUCACUUCAGGAAACAUGACUCCUUCUCUGUAGGCCAACAUGUCGAUUUCCAGCAUGUCAAGGAGUAGGAAGGUCGCCCUGUCGACGUUCGGUGUCAUCACAGCGGGUGGGGCUGGGCUCGCUCUGAUGCUGCACCAAUCUGUCAAGGCUUCGGACCUGGAGCUCCAUCCCCCUAACUACCCCUGGAGCCACGCUGGACCCCUGUCCUCGCUGGACCAUGCUAGGUAUAAAACAUAAACACAUGCUUCAUUCAGAGUCUGUGAUUUUUAAACACUAUCUCUGUCAUACAGCACAAAUGUGAGAAUAUUAUGAAAAUGUUUCUGGAUCUCUUUCAUUGUCAGUCUGCAGCUGUUGACAAGCAGCUUCAUAAUCCUUGAUGAUUAAUGCUCAUAAAAUCAUUUCAUUAAGAAAACAAUCAGACAAAACAGAGAGCAGACUCUCUGCUAAUAUCCAUACACACCUCUUCUAUGUUAUGGAUGAGAAGCCAGUGAAAAUAACAGACCUUGGGUGCCUCUCUGACACACUAAGUUUUACUUAUUUGUCAUUUUUAGCAUCUUCUAUCCUCCCGAGAGGAAACCCCCUGACUCUCUGCUUUCUUUUCUGCCUUUGCAGUAUUCGUCGCGGGUACCAGGUGUAUAAGCAGGUGUGCUCGGCCUGUCACAGUAUGGAGUACCUGGCCUUCAGAAACCUGGUGGGAGUGUCGCACACAGAGGCUGAGGUCAAAGCCAUCGCCGAGGAGGUGAAUCUGUGCACUGAGUCAGGAUUUUCUGUUUGGACUCACUGUGUCAUCGUUUGUUGUUAUCACAAAGUCCUGCCAGUAGAUGGUGCCACCAGAACGUGUCCUGUGUUAUAUCAGGUGUUUUUAACAAGUGGUGUGUGUAUGUGUGUUUGCUCAGGUGGAGGUGGUAGAUGGACCUGAUGAGAGUGGAGAGAUGUUCACUAGGCCAGGAAAGCUGUCAGACUAUUUCCCUAAGCCCUAUCCCAACCCUGAGGCCGCCAGGGUCGCCAACAACGGAGCCCUGCCUCCAGACCUCAGCUACAUCGUUAAUGCCAGGUGACAGAAAAAAGACUGAAAAGCUGCUCACUUGCUCGAGAAGGUAAAAGAGUUUGUAACUGACCUGUGUGUUUGUCCUCAGACAUGGAGGAGAGGACUAUGUGUUCAGCCUAUUGACAGGGUACUGUGAGCCUCCAGCAGGAGUGACAGUGAGAGAGGGACUGUAUUAUAACCCAUACUUCCCUGGACAGGCCAUCGGCAUGGCCCCACCCAUCUACAACGAGGUGCUGGAGUAUGAUGACGGUGAGCAAAGAUGUGUGUUUGUGUACUUAAUGUUUCUGGACUGUUGAUUCACAGUGAGCCAAAAAGAAGAAAUAAUGGGGCUGAGGUUGAUCUGGACGUCUUUGAACCAAUCAUCUCCCUCCAAUCAUUCAUGUCAGCUUCAUAUUAAGCUCAGUGUGUACAGAACACAAACAGCAGUAACUUUGUGUCAUCAAAGGUUCUGGAUCCACCUGAAUGUAAAUGUUUAAUGAGAUGAUAACAGACAGGACAUCCAUGUGGAACUGCAGCCCAAACUUACACUUGAUGAGGCAGAUGUGCCAGCUUUACAAUAGCCUAUGGUAACUCUGCAGGGACACUUCAAAAAGGCAAAACCAUAAACACAGGACAGUCUGUUACAUCAGCAUCAGAUAUCAUCUGACUAAAACAUCAGUGGCAUGAAAAUAUUUUCAACUAAAAUGAGAACAAGUCCAGAAGACACCGGUAAUACCUGCGUCUGGACUGUUCUAUGGUAGAACUGCUAUCAUUACCACUAAUAUGACAAGUAGAAAACAACAGUUCACUAUUGCCGUCCAAGCAACAAAAUCUGGACUUUCAAAGGAAGGAUAAAUAUCCUGGAGAGAGUCAAAGAGUCAAAACAGUGCAGGUGGAUGAACUCAUGGCUCCAGCCCAACGAUCUACUCGGUACGAUCUGCUGUCUCUACUCUCCAGCUCAGGAGCUGAACGGCAGAGUUGGUGAAAACACAGGCGGUGAUUUACACCAUGAUGGAUUCCUCCUCCUUACAAUGAACCGGGUCUAGAUCAGUUCGUAUUAUAAUCCAGUGUGUAGAAAAAGAUGAGAUUCAGGUGCAAAUGAUCAAAUCAAGUCUAUUUAAAGGUCCUGUAAGGAACUUUUAGGUUAUGUCAGUUUGCUUAGAUGUCUUCAACAUGGCUAAGUCGUGUCUUCUCACAAAAACCUCAUUCUGCAAACACUUCAUUUUUUUCCCCCAAAUAUCAAAUGUUGAAACCAUGAAACCAGGUUUUUUAGUGGUACCACGUUCACCCACCCUCUCACAUUGGUUUCUUGUUAAAAAUAAUCAGUCUUAUUGUUGCUGGUCUUGUUGGCUUUUAUAUUAUUAAAAGGCAUCAGUAUAAACUGAAGUCUAAUUCUUAAGUGUGAAAAAUGUUAUAAGUUUUUGGUUUGCAGACUACUGUUGGAGAGAAAAACCUGGGAUCAGGAUCAGGACUGAUCAGGAUCUCCCUGAAAACAAGCAUGUGUUUGUUAUUACCGUCUUCCUCGGGACGCUUUAAAAGAGUCUAAAACAGAACUUUAGAUUUUAGUUAUGCACUAAGACCUCGAUAAAACUGAACCGCAGCUGCAGUCAUCAGAGAUAAGCAAGCUGAUUAUGAUGAACCAUGUCGCCCCGACACAUAUGUGAUGGUUGUGUGUGUUUCUGUCUCCGUAGGAACUCCUGCCACCAUGAGUCAGGUCGCUAAAGAUGUGUGUACUUUCCUGAGGUGGGCUGCGGAGCCGGAGCAUGACCAACGCAAACGCAUGGGACUGAAGGUAACACACACACAGACAGACAGACUCAUAUUAACCGUGUCUGAUAUUUGUGGCUGCCCUUUAACUUCCAGCUUCCUUAUAUCUACUCAACGCUGUCCGGUUACAUUCAGACCUUUAAAAAUGGUUAACGGGGUUCUGAUAAAUCUCAAACCUUGUCGUGGUUCUGAUAGUUCUGCUCUCUCUCUCUCCCUCCCUCCCUCCCUCCAGCUGCUGAUGGGCUCGGCCAUCCUCGUCCCUCUGAUCUACUACAUGAAGAGACACAGGUGGUCUGUGCUGAAGAGCAGGAAGAUCGCUUACAAACCUCCAAAGUAA